GCGGACGUAGCCUCCCUUUCACCUCCCGGAGCCCUCGUGUGAGGAUUAUCAGGUCUUUAAACCCUUUUUGUGGCAAUCCUUGGUAGCACUGACAAGAUGCCCAGGGAAGACAGGGCUACGUGGAAGUCCAACUAUUUUCUGAAAAUCAUCCAACUCCUGGAUGAUUUUCCAAAAUGCUUUAUCGUGGGGGCGGACAAUGUUGGCUCAAAGCAAAUGCAACAGAUCCGUAUGUCCCUUCGAGGAAAAGCUGUUGUGCUGAUGGGAAAGAACACCAUGAUGCGCAAGGCUAUCCGUGGUCAUUUGGAGAACAACUCUGCUCUGGAGAAGCUUCUGCCUCACAUCAAAGGAAAUGUGGGAUUUGUAUUCACCAAGGAAGAUCUCACAGAAGUGCGAGAUAUGUUACUUGCAAACAAGGUACCUGCUUCUGCCCGUGCUGGAGCUAUUGCACCUUGCGAAGUCACAGUGCCUGCUCAGAACACUGGUUUGGGCCCUGAGAAGACUUCCUUCUUCCAGGCUUUGGGAAUCACUACUAAAAUCUCCAGAGGAACUAUUGAAAUUCUGAGUGAUGUACAGCUGAUUAAGACUGGAGAUAAAGUAGGUGCCAGCGAAGCCACUCUGCUGAACAUGUUGAACAUUUCUCCAUUCUCCUUUGGUUUAAUCAUCCAACAAGUGUAUGACAAUGGAAGCAUCUACAGCCCAGAGGUCUUGGAUAUCACAGAAGAUGCCCUGAGAGCUCGCUUUUUGGAGGGUGUCCGUAAUGUGGCUAGUGUUUGUCUGCAGAUUGGUUAUCCCACUGUUGCAUCUGUACCUCACUCUAUCAUCAAUGGAUACAAGAGGGUUCUUGCUGUUGCAGUGGAGACUGACUACAGCUUCCCAUUGGCAGACAAGGUCAAGGCUUUCUUGGCUGAUCCAUCUGCAUUUGCUGUUGCAGCUCCUGUUGCAGAGACUGCUGCAGCUCCAGCUGCUGCUGCUGCACCUGCUAAGGAGGAGAAGGAAGAGUCUGAGGAGUCUGAUGAUGACAUGGGAUUUGGUCUAUUUGACUAAGAGAAAUCAGUCCAAUUACUUCAAUAAAACUCCAUUCAACAAA